UGUUGAUUCUGAUGGUAAAUAUCCACACAAAAAAAAAUGUGUAGACAUUGUGACAACCACUUCUGUUUCUUGCGGUUUUUUGUAGUGAUGUGUUAACGCUUUCUCCGGAUAGAUCAAGAUUUCGUCUGUGUUAUACAAAAUUGUAAAUAAAUCCGGUCUGGGUCUGUUGUUGUUCUAAUAUGGUUUAAAGAAACAUCAAUUAUUCGGUGAAUUGCAGCUAAAUAUCAGAAUCAGAUAAACAUUUAUUCAGAACGUCAAACAUCAACAACUUUAGUUCAAAUCGUUCCAACAUUAAUGGAGUUUCACCUAGACAGCGCAGAAUACUGCCAGGCUCAACACAAAUAAGCUAUUCGUUAUUGCCAGCCCCGAGAACUGCAAUUAUCGCGAAUCAUAUUCACUAGUUCAGCGAUCGCUCGGCGGCUACCAUAGUCUUACAUGAACCUUAUUUAGCGUAUAUAAUAAAACUUAUAUAAAAUUACAAACAGCCGCUUCUGCAAGAUAAGGCAACAAAGUUGUUUUUUAUUUUUUACGUGAUUUCUAUAUUGAGACUGAUUCGGAGGUACGCAAAACAAAACGAUUGUUAAUAUCCUAAAUGAGUUUGCAUCAGUGCCAAAACUGGAACCAUAAACAACAACCCUUGUAUCACAUUCUUCACUUUGGCACACAUAUCAACAACCAAUCCCCACACUACCUAUUCUAAAAGUUCAACUAUCAACAACAACCGUUCACUGUUUAGUGUUUGUGGAAUUUUUGGUUAUUGCACUUUUAACGAAUAACUUAAUUUUCAAAACAAAACAAAAGAAAAACCAAAUCAAACUUCAGCAAAAUAAUAAACGAGGAGACGAAAAGAACAAAAAAAAACAGAAAUAAAAGAAACAUUACAGCGAAGAGUGGCAUUAAUUAGCAUUUAUCGAAUUUUUAGUCUCUUGUUUUUCUUGUCGUUCGAAUUCAUUUCAUCGCAUAAACAGGUGAAGUAAAAUUCGCCAAACUGUUUUGUUCGAGUUUCUGAAAAGACAUUUUUUUUGUUAGUAUUUUUGUGAUACGUGCGGCGGUGACUUAUACAGUUUUUUUUUCUCUAAACAAAAAUAAUCGUCAAGUGCUUAAUAAGUUGUGUGUGGUUUAAAUAGACAGUUUUUCUGCGACGUAAUAAUUUGUUUCGGUGAACCAGAUUCAUUCAUUUUAAAUUUCGUUUCGCGUAUUCAGUAAAUGACAAGCAACAUGCGUCAAAAGGAUAUUCGACCUGCUCCGGCACGAAUUGAAUUCAAGGGAAUGAAAUUUUUGAUAACCGAUCGGCCAUUGGAUCAAACGAUUCCUAAUUAUAUAUUGGAACUAAAGAAAAACAAUGUCAGCAUAGUUGUGCGCGUAUGCGAACCCAGCUACAAGGUAGAAGAGCUCGAGUCACAAGGCAUUGCUGUACGUGAUCUUCCAUUCGAAGAUGGCACACCACCACCGCAACAAGUAAUUGAUGACUGGUUUGACACUUUGAAACAAAAAUACCAAGAAAAUCCAGAAGCAUGCGUUGCCGUGCAUUGUGUGGCUGGCUUAGGUAGAGCUCCAGUUUUGGUAGCAUUGGCACUAAUUGAACUGGGAUUAAAAUAUGAAGCAGCUGUUGAAAUGAUAAGAGAAAAACGACGAGGUGCUAUCAAUGCUAAGCAACUAUCAUUCUUAGAGAAAUAUCGACCAAAAUCACGACUAAAGCAACGAAACGGUCAUAAGAACUCAUGCUGCGUGCAAUAAAUAUUAACAAUAACCCACCAGAAAAGAAAGUGUUCAUUUUGCCGAUACAACUGAGAAACUCUCAUGUAACACAAACUCAUCUUUCCUACCCCGGGUAAAACAGGAAACAAUGCUAAAACGAAUUUCCUACAAGAACGUUUCAUUUUCAAAUUUAUAAUUUCUGUGUCGAUUUACGUCGAAUAGAAAUUUUUUGUUUUAAUUUGACAUAAUUUUCGAUUGGUUGUCGCAGAACGCAAGUCAUUUUAUUGAGAUUUUUUAAUUGAAUUUUUGUAUUGGAUUUUGAGGCAUUCCUAAUUUCGAUAUAAGGUCUUGGUCAAUGUGAGUAUGACCGAGAGUUUUAUUGAGUUUAUUAUUACAUUUUAGUUUUUUUCCAUUAUUUUUGAGAAAAAGAUAGAAAAAAAAAUUAUUUUUACAUUAAAAUGUGUUGUCAGUUCUGUGACAGACCAUUAUAGAUUGUCUUUAAAUAGUUUUAUAGAUGAAAAUGAGAUAAAUGUUUUGCUUUUCAAAUCCAUGCAGGAUUCAUGAUUUCUCUCCUUUUUUUUAAAUCUAAAUAAAUUUCCCAAUUUCAAGACAAAAUGAACCAGUCGAGUGUACACUUUUUUUUUAAAGAAAAAUUUAAAACAAAAUGAAUGUAAUUGCACUAAUCAUCGAUAUCGCGUCGUUAAUAUAGAAAAAACUUAAAAAAUAAAAAACUAUUUUGACUUUGAUUAUAAAAUAUAAUAAAACUAAACGUAAAAUCAAUUUAUAUACAACACCCACACUUUAACUAAAAACAAAGAAGAAGAUGGAUGAAAAAAAAAACUUAUCUAUAAAAACUGAUGACAAAAAAAACUGGUGAAAAAUCUACUCAUAGCGCAGAAGAAAUAAAAUAAGAAGAAGAAAAAAAACACUGAACUUUAACAAAACUGAUCUAAACUUUAUAUAUAAAUGUGAAAAUUCAACAAGAUUUAGGGUAAAUAACAAAAGACAAAGAUAUUUGCGGUAUUUUUGAACAUUUAAAUCGACGAAAAACAGUCGACAUCAUUUUGCAAAUAUCUUUUGUGGUACAAUAAAC